AUGGCCGGCACGAGGCGCGCCCGCUCGACCGUCUCGCCCGACGACCACGACGCCGACUCGCCCCCUCCCGCCAAGACCAAGACGCCGCCGGCCAAGCGCGCCCGCCGCAGCACGACCGAGGACGUCAAGCCCAAGGUCAAGCCCGAUCCGGAGGACGAGGACGACGGCGAGAUGGGCGACACGCGGUUCCGCGUCCGCUCGUCGGCGUCGGUCGCGCGCGACGAGACGUUCCCGCCCGAGAUGGCAAAGGUGCCGCUCGCGACCAUGUACGACGCCCUGCGCGAGCUGUCGGCCGUCAAGCAGGAGGACGACGUCAAGCCGAGCAAGGACGGGUGCGUCGUCUACUGGAGCCGCAACAAGGACCUGCGCCUCGACGACAACACGGCCCUGUCGUACGCGUCGGCCGUCGCGCAGGACCUGCACCUCCCGCUCGUCGUCCUCCACAUCUUCUCGCUCGGCGACUACAAGUCGCACGACCGCUCGCCUCGCCGCAUCGACUUUCAGCUGCGCCAGCUCGCGUACCUCCAGAAGGAGCUCGCCAAGCUCGACAUCCCGCUGUUCACCAUCACGCACGAGGGCAACCGCAAGGAGGUGCCGGCGCUCGUGUGCGACAAGCUCGACGAGUGGCGCGCAACGGGCCUGUACGCCAACAUCGAGUACGAGGUCGACGAGCUGCGGCGCGACACCGAGAUCCUCGAGCGCACCAAGAAGGCGCGCGAGACGGGCAAAGGGUGGCAGGGCCAGGUCGAGCUCAUGCGCGACUUCUGCAUCGUCGCACCGGGCCAGGUCCUUACCAAGCAAGGCAAGCCGUACUCGGUCUACUCGCCGUACCAGCGCUCGUGGCUCGCCGAGAUCAACUCGCACCUCGCCGACUACAUGCACAAGCAGAACGGACCCGUCGUCGCCAACGCGUCGUCGGUGCGCGACCACGCCGUCCUCGGCCCCAUGUUCGCCCACGAGAUCCCGACCUCGCUCGCCGGGUUCGAGCUCGAGGGCGGCGACGACGAGGCGGCGCGCAUGCGCAAGCUGUGGCCUGUCGGCGAGGGCGUCGUCGACGGCAUCAUGCGCCGGUUCCUGCGCACCAAGAUGCAGCCGGCCAAGUUCUUCGAGGCGCCGCUCGAGAGCGAGGGCAACGAGGUCGACGACCCGAAGAAGAAGAGCAAGAUCGGCGAGUACUGCGAGGGCCGCAACCGUGUCGACUGGGACGGGACGAGCCACAUCAGCCCGUACCUCGCCGCCGGGCUCAUCUCGCCGCGCGAGUGCAUCCGCCAGGCGUUCAAGCUCGCCGGCGGCAAAGAGCUUCCCGGCGGGCGCGACACCGGCAUCGGGAUGUGGGUCCAGGAAAUCGCGUGGCGCGACUUUUACCAGGCCGUCCUCGUCGCGUGGCCUCGAGUGUGCAUGAGCCGCCCGUACAACCUCAAGUACGACGGGACGGUCGACUGGGCCGAGGACGCAGGUGGCGAGAAGCUCAAGGCGUGGAAGGAGGGCAGGACCGGGUUCCCGAUCGUCGACGCCGCCAUGCGCUCGCUCAAGGAGCAGGGCUACAUGCACAACCGCUGCCGCAUGAUCGUCGCGUCGUUCCUGUCCAAGGACCUCCUCAUCGACUGGCGCGAGGGCGAGAAGUUCUUCAUGCAGUCCCUCAUCGACGGCGACCUCGGCUCGAACAACGGCGGGUGGCAGUGGAGCGCCUCGACUGGGUGCGACCCGCAGCCGUACUUCCGCAUCUUCAACCCGGCGUCGCAGAGCGAGAAGGUCGACCCCGAGGGCGAGUACAUCCGGCACUGGGUGCCCGAGCUGCGCAAGCUCAAGGGCAAGACGAUCCACGACCCGGCGGCCAAGCUCACCAAGAAGCAGAUCCUCGACAUGGGCUACGUCAUGCCCAUCGUCGACCACGCAAAAGCGAGGACGACCGCGAUCGAGAAGUACAAGGAGGCGGCCGCGCGCGCUUGA